AUGCCCGAGCAAAGCAACGACUACCGGGUGGUGGUGUUUGGCGCCGGCGGCGUCGGCAAGAGCUCCCUGGUGUUGCGGUUCGUCAAGGGGACCUUUCGGGAGAGCUACAUCCCCACCGUCGAAGACACCUACCGGCAGGUGAUCAGCUGCAACAAGAACAUCUGCACGCUGCAGAUCACCGACACGACGGGCAGUCACCAGUUCCCUGCCAUGCAGAGACUGAACAUCUCCAGGGGUCACGCCUUCAUUCUCGUCUACUCCAUCACCUCCAGGCAAAGCCUGGAAGAGCUCAGGCCCAUCUUCGAGGUGAUACGAGAGGUGAAAGGAGACGACACCGAGGGCAUCCCCGUCAUGCUGGUGGGCAACAAGAGCGACGAGUCCGACUCCCGGGAGGUGGAGGCCCUCACGGGCCAGGAGGAAGCCAAGCGCUGGGCGUGCGGCUUCCUCGAGACAUCGGCCAAGACGAACCACAACGUCAAGGAGCUCUUCCAAGAGCUGCUCAACAUGGAGAAACGACGUUCCGUCUCGCUCCAGCUGGAGGCUAAGAAGACCAAGUCGCAGCUUAAUAAGGAGAAAUUCAAGGGCAAGUGUCUCGUCAUGUGAAACGACGGCAACCCGCACCUGAGAGGAAACCACUCCUCCUCGACGUCCCCUCCGAAACCCCCCAUUUUGUUUUUAUAUUUCUCUCUUUCCCUUCUU